CUCGAAAGCCUUCUUAAGACCUCUAAGCCAUUCUCUUCAAAAAUCUCUCGCUAUUUAUUUCCAUUUGAGGUGCUGUGAUCUCAUUUAAAACCUUCAAACAGCCCAGUAGGAGUUUCUGCUCGCAGUUUCUUUUAAAGCAGAAGAUCGGAACAAGCUGCAAACCAGCUUUUCCAAAGUCUUGAGUUAAAAGAGAAGUAGGAAGCAACAAUACAACUGGUUGGGGGUGGUGUCACGCAAAGAUAUAUAAAAGAAGAAGAUUGAUCCUCGUCAAGCAGAAGAACGCGCACAGAGUGUUCUCUGAAUUAAUUCGGGGGUGGUGGGGGUGGGUUUUGGCCAAGUGAUGCGUGCAGGAGCUUGUGCAGUGCAGCAGACCCUCACAUCGGAGGCUGCUUCGGUGUUGAAGCACUCUCUAAGCCUGGCCAGGCGGAGGGGCCAUGCUCAGGUCACUCCCCUGCAUGUGGCUGCCACUUUGCUCAGCUCAAGGGCAAGUCUCUUGAGGAGGGCUUGCCUCAAAUCUCAACCCAACGACAACCAAACUUCUCACCCUCUCCAAUGCAGAGCCCUUGAGCUUUGCUUCAACGUGGCUCUCAACAGGCUCCCAACUACUCCUGGCCCUCUCCUCCACGGCCAGCCCUCUCUCUCCAAUGCCCUUAUUGCAGCGCUCAAAAGGGCACAAGCCCACCAGAGAAGGGGUUGCAUAGAGCAGCAGCAGCAGCAGCCACCCCUCUUGGCCAUAAAGGUGGAGCUGGAACAGCUUAUUAUAUCCAUAUUGGAUGAUCCAAGUGUGAGCAGGGUUAUGAGAGAGGCUGGCUUCUCCAGCACUGCUGUCAAGAACAACUUAGAGGACUCGUCUGCUGCUUCUGUGUUUCAGUGUUAUAGCAGUUCUGGCGGAGUGUUUUCUUCCCCUUGCUCUCCGUCUCCUUCUGAUCAGUACCCUCAGAGAGACAUCAUCAAUUACCACACCAGUUUCUGGCCAACUCAUUUCUUGAGCUACUCUUCUGAUCACCAAAACCCUGUUUUCUUUUCUCCCCCAAAGAAACAUCCCAGCUGCCAUGCCGUCGCCGAUUCGGCCUCGGUAAAGGAGGAUUUCAAGUUAAUUUUGGAGGUUCUGCUGAGGAGGAAGAGAAGAAAUACUGUGAUACUAGGUGACUCUGUGUCUGUAACUGAAGACCUUGUUGCAGAGCUGAUGGGGAAGGUGGAGAGAGGAGAGGUUCCUGAGGAACUGAAGUCCGCCCAUUUCAUCAAGUUUCAGUUCUCGCCAGUUUCGCUGAGGUUUAUGAAGAAGGAAGAGGUGGAAAGCAACAUCUCAGACAUCAAAAGAAAGGUGGGCUCUAUUGUAUCAGGAGGAGGGGGAGCCAUUUUGUAUGCAGGAGACCUUAAGUGGAUUGUUGAAGGCAGCGUACAUGUGAGUGAGAAAGAGAGAGGUUUCUCUAAUGGUGGAGGAGUCUUUGAGUACAGCCCAGUCGAUCAUGCAGUGUGUGAGAUAGGAAGGUUACUCUCGGACUACAGCUGCAGCUCAAACGCUAGGGUUUGGUUAAUGGCCACUGCAAAUUAUCAGACUCACAUGAAGUGCCAGAUGAGGCAGCCCCCUCUCGAGAUCCAGUGGGCUCUUCAAGCUGUUUCUGUUCCCUCCGGUGGACUUAGCUUAAGCCUCCAUGCUUCCAGUAUCCAUGAUUCAAGGAUACAAGUUUCGGACAAUCCAUCCUCUUUGCUAGAAACAAAGCCAUUCAUCCCCAGGGAGGAACAGGAUAAGUUCAUGUGCUGUGGAGAAUGCACUUCCAAUUAUGAAAAGGAAGUGGAGUUGCUCAAAUCAGGCCAGCAGAAACUCAUGCCUUCAUUUCUGCAAUCCAACAGCACUGACGCCCGUCAAAAGGACGAGUUGGUAGAGUUAAGAAGAAAGUGGAACAGAUUAUGCCGCAGCCUCCAUCAUGGAAGGCCUAACCAGAACCAUUUGAGCGCCACUUUAUUGAAUCAAAAUUUAGUUGGGAAGAGUUACUCAUAUGCUUCAUCAUAUCCUUGGUGGUCAACCCAGAACAGCAUGUUCCCUGAAUCAAAUUCAAAAUCAUCCGCGGAAUCAGCUUUGAAGCCCAACCACAGCCCAUCUUUGCAGCCUCGAUUCAGGCGACAACAAUCGUGUCAUAUUGAAUUCAGCUUCAGCAGUGGGCCCAGGACACAUAAACAUGAGUCAGUGGAACCAAGACUGGAUUCCCUGAAGAAUACUGAAGGGAAGGAAGUAAAAAUCACCCUUGCUCUUGGCAAUUCUCUCUUCUCCGGUUCUGAAAGAUUGUUGGAACAGAAAAGAGAGAAAAGUCUGCAACCGGGUGAUAUGUAUGAGCUUUUAAAAGAGAAUGUCCCCUGGCAGUCCGAGAUCAUUCCUUCCAUAGUGGAGACUUUGAUCGAUAACAAAUCAACCAAGAAGGAUACUUGGUUAUUAAUUAGUGGGAAUGACCAAAUAGGGAAAAAAAGACUGGCACACGCAAUUGCAGAAUCAGUUUUUGGUUCUGCUGAUCUGCUCGUCCACAUGGAUAUGAGAAAAAGAGAGAAUGGGAUGAACCCACAUUCUGAAGUUCUCAUCAAAGCCUUGACAAACAACAAUAAACUUCUUGUUUUUCUAGAAAACGUUGAUCUUGCUGAUGCCAAUUUCAUGAAAUUCCUUGCUGACUGCUUUGAAUUUGGAAAAUUUGGAGAAGCAGGUAAAAGAGAAGGAAAUGCAGGCCAAGCAGUAUUCAUUCUAACUAGGGGUGCCUGCACCAGCUUUGAAGAAAGCAAGGGAAAUCUUGGUUCUGUAGUCCAGAUGAAAUUGCAGGCAAAUAGAACAAUUUCCAGUUCAGGAAUACCCGACUGUGAUCACAAGCGAAAAGCCGUGCAGGAUUUGUUGAACAAGAUCAAAAGUCCACGAAUUGACGAAAAGGAAAAUGCAGCUUCAGCUGCUGUUGAAAAUGGGAACAGCAAGAAAGAGCUCACAAAGCAGUUGAGCUCCAACACCCUUGAUCUAAACAUAAGAGCCAACGACGACGAUGAAAGCGAGGACACCCCUGGGGAGCUUAGUCCCAUUUCAAGCGAUUUGACUCGCAAAACUACAACUGAUCCCAGGAGUCCAUCUGAAUUCCUUGAAUUGAUUGAGAACCGUUUUGUUUUCAAUCAAAAUCUAGCAUGGAAUUCUCAGAUAGCGGAUGUUUUCUUGUCCAAGUUUAGAAAGACUUUUGGGGAGGUUUAUGAAAGUGAGGAUAUAGAUAGUUUAAGUGUUGAACAGAUGGUUUUAGAAGAGAUGGUAUUAGGGUCUGGUUCUUUUCUCAACAGCUUGUUUGAAAAAUGGCUAAAAGAUGUUUUCCAAACAAGCUUGCAAACGAUUAAAAUUGGAGGGAAAGUGGGUAUAGGUGUUAGGCUUUGUUUUGGGGGCAGAAGUGAUAGAGUUUUAGAGGAUGGGUUCAUGGGUUCAAGUCUUCCGAGGAAAAUCCAAGUUUCCUUCAUGGACUAAGUGCUCUGUUGUAAAAAGUCCCUCACAUAAAUGACCUUGUGUAACUGCCUAUUUUCAUAAUAGGAUGUUCCCCUUUUUUUUGUCCCAUU